AUGCGCUGUGACCUGGAUACCCAGUUCUUUUGCCUUCUCAACCCAUUUGUCAACAUGUUCCUGAGAAAUGUGCACGGUUCUCUCAACUCGUCGCGAGGAGGGGUGCAACAAAUUCCGAAAUUUCUGUCUGGCGGCAUGGUCGAAGAAGUCAAGCCAGCUGGAGCUGAGCGUGCCAGCAUGUAG